GUUACGUUCACUCGAGCGGCUCAUAGUGCGUUCCUAGAACAAAAGAAAAAUAUUUUUCAGAAAAAUAUAAAAAGAAAUUUCGUGAAAAAAUAAGCCAAUCAGAGCGCUCCUCAUAAUGCUUCUUCUUGACAAAAGUUUUGCAACAUGGAUCGAGGCGUCGGCUCUUAUUUUUCCUAUUAUUCUUUCAAACAUCAUGAAUUUCCGGGGACAACUUGAAGAUUGUCAUAAUUCGACUAAUCGAUUCCGGAAAAAAUUGGAAUUAUCCAUUCAUUCGUGGCCAAUAUUCAGCUGCGAAAUUGCAGAGUCCGGCAACGAGGAAUUCGAGUCGUUAACUAUGAAGAACGAAAAGGAAGAAAGGAAGGACAGAAAGGAUAUGGGAACGAAAUGCGACGUGCUGGAGAUAAAGCAGCUUCUACAUCCCUUUUCACUUGAGAGUCAGCAACGAGUGAGUCCCCCCUAUCUCAAAAGUUGAUGUGGCGCAGA